ACGGCGUGGACCCAUCGAACGAACCGCGCGCGCGAUGGAAUCCUCCAAGACACCAUCGCGAGGAACCACGGAUGCCGCUCUGCGCGCGAUCAAUGAAGAUGUUGAGCAGAUUGGGGAGGACGAGGAAGUUCAACCCGUCGAUGGCAACCGCGACGCAGUGACGACAACGGCGUUUGCCACUGUGGACAGGCGACACGACCUUGACCGACAUUCACAAGACGAACCGCAUGCUGCAGAUCGAACGCCGACCUUAGGUAGUGCGUCCAGCGAUGUGCAAAUGCCGUCUGCGUGGCCAGCAACUUCCAGCGAGGACUCGUCGACUGCGACGUUUCAACAACCCUCCGAUACAACCAACGACGAGCCGACGACAUCGUCGGACCUCAACAACGAUUCCUCGACUUGUGACAUGAAUCCCACGACAUCAAUUGCUUUCAAGAACUCGGACAACCAUUCCUCCUCGAGUGUUGCGACCUCGCCACCCAACGUCGGGAGUGCAAAAGUACUACUUCGAGAAAUGGCGUACGCGGUGGCCGUGCAGCGACGCCGUUUGUUUUCUCUCCCUCACGUGGAUGGUUCGAUCACCGUUGUGUCCGUGGGCUCAAUCGUGUUUGACAAUGACCAGUAUUGGACGUCCAAGAAGCUUUUUCCAGUUGGCUACAUCACACGUGCGAUCGCGCAGGGAAUUGCGUGGAAGUGUCGCAUCGACAGCGGCAAAGCAGGCCCCGUGUUUUCUGUCUCGAUCGAGAACGCCGCAGAGGAAAGGUCAUUUCGUGAUAAGUCUCCUCUGAAAGCGUGGAAGAAAGCCAUGGCGUUUCUCGAAUGUGCUUCUGAGGAGUCUAAGACCAAGUGGAGGUGCUCGAACAACUCUACCAGUGAAAGCGCCGCGGAAGUUGGUCCGGACGAAGACGGAUUUGGUCUGCUACGGCGGGGUAUUUGCCGUAGCUUGUUAGACGGUCUGGACAACGUUUUGAAGUGUGCAGGGUACCAGCUAUGGGACGAACGCCACGGCGCGUCGAUUAAGCAGCUGCAGAUUACGCUCGCCAAGUUGAACACUCAGCUCCAACGACGUGACCGAGCCGACAAGGAUACCGUUGAUUCAUCCAAUGGUCCCUUGGCAUCUACAAACGCUUCCACACCUCCUGCGCCCACUGAAGAAGCUUCAAAAACUGGUGCGGGCCAAAAAAACACCACCCCAAACCCUCCGCCAGUGAAACCAUCGGUGCAGAAGAAAAUCGACGAGCUGCGACGACGACGGCAGCAACUUCGCAAUGCCACUGGGAUCGACGGAGGCACGACAGACUCAUCUGUCCCAAAUGCCAAGCCUCAACAGUCGAUCACAAUAACUACAACCAGCAAUGCCAAAUGGAGUGUGGGGCAGUCUUGGGUUCUCGACGACUGGAUUGACCCGCUUGCCUCAUCCCCAACAGCCACCACCACCACUCGCAAGACUAGACAUGGAACCUCCAAACCUGGUUCUCUCGCAGCCUUACUUGAAUACGUCACAAAUGAGCAACAGAUUCGGCACGCAAUUCACAAGCGAAAGAUGCAGGAUGCAGCAAAACGAGCGAUCGUUCAACGGAUUCGUUCCGAGCUGGAGAGUUGGUCCCCUGUCUCAUCAUCGCCUCUGCGCCUCGGACCUUCAUCCACCCAUGCGGCGCCGACAUGGACUCCCGUCACUGCGUUGGUCCCGUUUGGCACGCCCGACCUUCAACGCGACGUGCUGUGGUGUUGGGACUUUUUAUUUCAGUAUGCGGACAUCUUGCGCAUUCGCACUGUCAUCCCGCUCUCGAUAUUCUGCCAUGCGCUGACGCUGCACGACAAAUCGGCGCCGCAAGGCGACUCUGUCGUGGAUGAAACGAGCCAUGGCCGCCUCCUCGCGACGCUCCACGUGCUUCUCUUAGACGCGCUGCUCAUCGAGUUUACCCCGUAUUUGCAGCUCACCGUAACCGAGUUUAAAGCGAUGCGGCCGUUGAACUUGUUGACGUGGCCAGAAGUCGCGCGGCAAAUGUUCAUGGUGGCCUGGGACGUUGAAAAAGGUGACGUGGACGGCCACGCGAUCAAGCUGGUCAAAGGCACAAAGACUUCAACCGAAUCAGUCGUGGGGCCGCUACGGGAAUCCAUGACUGCAAGAGGCAAAUUUGUGCUCCAUGACAAAACGGACGACACGACCUCCAUCGAAGCUGCUACCCCAACGACCGCCGAGCCCAAGGUACCUGAGGUUGGCGUACUCGUUCACGACGUUGUGAACUGGGAUCGACUUGGAUUGAUCCUGUCGAAAGACGUCAAAGACAACCAUCGUCUCAACGCGGUCGUGCAAAUCCUGGACGAUGCCCAUCACACGAUUAAAACUCAUGUCGAAGUUGGCGAUGUCCUGCGAUGUGUCAACGGCGUCGAUGUUGGAUUGUUGGACCCCGACGCAUUCCAGACACUCAUUGAACAGCCCAUCGCAAGUCCAAUCGGCCUUAUUUUUAGUCGAGGGGCGGUGGAUUCUGGUAGCCAAACCAAGGCUAAGCAACCAGGCGUUCCACCCGUCAUGACAAGGUGUGCCAACGUCCUCAAAAUAUUGCGAGGAAAAGAUGCAGCUGUGCCGUUCAACUUGCCCGUGGAUGCCGACAUGUAUCCGGACUACUACACGUUGAUUCCGGAACCGAUGGACUUGAGCACGGUCGAAGACAAACUUCUCGGCGACGAGUACGACGGAAUUGAGUUGUUUGUGGACGACGUGCAGUUGAUUUGGAAGAACUGUUUUGCGUACAAUGGCCAUGUGGCACCGAUUGCCGCGAUGGCGCGUAAGCUGUCGGCUACGUUUGAUCGACUUGUGCGAGAGUACAUUCAGCCACCAGAUAACAACUUGAACCUGCUCUUCACGAACGAGGACGCGUGCCGAGUGUGUCGGAAUGCUCACCUAUGCAAAGACCGCCUGCUGCUCUGUGACCGGUGCGAUGGAGCGUACCACACGCUCUGCUUGCGCCCGCCAUUAUCGGACAUUCCCCUCGGCGAAUGGUACUGCCCCACGUGCAAACCAAUGGUCGCUGCGGACAAGCUGCUUGGCGAUGACGGCGAGAUCGGUACCAAAGACGACGACGACGCGAUGGAAGACAACGAUGGCGGCGAUGACGACACCAACUUUCCCCACCUCAUUCAACUCUUGUCCAAAGAAUGCUACAUGGAAUUGAACGUGGCGGAGCGCGUGCAAGUGCUGAAAGGGCUUUGCGAACUGGUUCAGACAAGCUCAAGCGUUCAAAGUGUCGUGCAUUUGCUGGAAGACUUGGCGGAAGACCAGCGCACCGACCUGGGGUGUUCGUAUGCGGACGUCCUUCGCGAGUGGGAACGCUUUGGCUAUGCUGACGACGAAACUAGCGACGUCGACGACGACACUAAAGAGGUCGCUAAUCCGAGGGACAGCAUCAUCCUGAACGGAAUUCAAUGCCCCCUCACGGAUGCCUUAUUGGUAUACUUGCGAGAAUACAGUCUGGCCAAACUCGAAAAUCGGUCGCUGCCGCCGCCAUUUUUUGACGAUGCCGAAGAAUUGCUGUCGCAACCACCAGCAAAUCGAUCCACCGCUGACACGACAGGCGAGGACAACACAACGACAGAUCUAACCAAAUCAGACGACACCACCACAUUCCGUCAUGCCAAGGAUGCAUGCAACGCCGAUUGCGACACCGACGACGAAAGCGAUGGCGAAGCCUCGUUAUUUGAAGAAUACGGAGAUAUUCACCUGGCCACUCGGAUUUCAUCAGUUCAAUCCAGAAUGGAACCUUUGUCUCAAGGCACAUGCUACUGUUGUGGCCUCACCGACGCCGACAAUGCCCUCGGCGAAGUUGUGCCCGCAAUGUUGGCCCCAGUGACCCGCCAAAUCGGAUGCAACCUGGGUGAACCACCUUCCAUUGCGCAAGAGGUCUUGUCCCUUUGCAAGUGGACAUUGGAAGCUGCCGCGUUUUCGUUUGAUGUGAACGACAGUGGACAGGUUACCGUCGGUAUCGUGCACGAGUCGUGUUCGCUUAACGAAGGCGACAUUGUGCUGGCAUUGAACUCAACCGUAGUGUUGGACACGGACCGAAGCGAUGACGAAGACUCGGCCGCUCUCAUCAGCCACAUGGACGCACUCAUGGCGAGUCUUCCUAGGCCGCUCGUGGUCUUGACGGCAAAUCCCACAGCUACAGUUGACCCUGCGCAGUUUGCAACAAUCCAACUGCCGACGUCAACACCCGUUGAGUGUCCGAACGUCGCUAUGAUCUCGGACUCGCUGUGCCAAGUAGCCUUUCCUUCCACGGGAUUUGCGGUCCUGAGUGGAUUGAUCUUCCCGUACGACGUCAUCCAUGCCAUCAACGGCACCCUGGUGACAAGCGUUGAAACGUUGCACAAAUUAUGGCAACCCAGCGCGAUAGUGUGCAUAUUUCGGCAUGCGUUCAAUCGCGGACCCAGCACUGGUUCGCCGCCGAAUGCUGCGGCAAGUUCCCCGGCCGAGGUCCAAACCUCUCUUUGGCGUCAAAAGUCAUAUACGAUGACAUUUCAAGCAGGUCCAUUGGGGUUGGCACUGGAACUGGAUGCGAAUCUCGUGGUCGUGCGGUCGUUGACAGCAGUCAGCCAAGCGACCAACACUGUCCAAUCGGGCGAUAUCAUCUUGGCCAUCAACGAAAAGCCAGUUGGGUUGCUGCAAGAUCUGACCGAGUUCACCGACACAGUGCGUUCGAUUCCCCGGCCCGUUUCAUUUCGAUUUUACCGACCAAGCAUGCCCCUGCACGUGGCGUCCAUCAAGGAUGGCAUUCAACUCACCGUCGGCGAUGUUCUCGCCAUCACGUGGCUCGACUGCCACAGCCGAUUGAUCUGUAGCGGUUUUGCAGCCAACCACGCUCCCGCGACUCGUCGUAUUCACAUGGGAGAUAUCCUCACCCACAUCAACGGCAUCGCAAUCGCCGGUAUGACGCUCCAGUGGCUCAAGGAAUCGCUUCAAGUGCUUCCGGUAUACGAUCAUGUCCUUGUGACGGUGGCAGGGCCGCCCCAGCCUGACGUUUCGAUUGUCGUUCAUCCACUGUGCGCAAUGCUCUGGAACAACAAAGUUGACGACGGGACAGAGUUGCAGCGACGGUGGACGAAAGCACGGGACCUGGAAGUGUUUUUGCGAACGGUCGCCCCGCGAUCGAGGCCAAUAGGGCCGUAUAUGAAAUUCCACGGCGAUCCCAACGUUCUCUAUAAGCUCGAGGACAACGCGUGGUUUGCUACAACACAGGUUGCCGACGUAGUUGCUUCGGAGCCAUCGAAUGACGUCGCCAACGAACUCCACUCGGCAUAUCUCGCGCAACCCUCGACCCCAACGACGGGUCCCUUCUCGAUGCGACCGCAAUAUGCUGUCACACCGUCUAACCAGCACGAAGCAUUUGUCAUGUUGCAUGGAAGGCAGUACUACCUUGGGACGUUUUUUUCGGCCGCCGAGGGCCAAGUUGCGUACGAGCAGUGUCGACAACGCUAUGCCACGACGAAAAUGCUGCUCGCGCCAUAUUCGAUGACGACGUUUCCGCGCAUCCCGCUGCCGUUGCUGAAAGCCGAUGACUUUUUAAAGCGCUUUCAGCUACGUCGCCCGCCGCACACGACAUCUUCGCCGUUCACCUUACCUACCGAGUCGACUUUGACUCAGGAAAUGAAAGACUUGGUCAAGUACAACGUUCGUGCUCAUCGACCCAAGCGUCCAACGCUGUCCAACGCUGGGGCCAUGGGCUACCCCCCUCAUCUCCCAAACAACUACUCGGCACCGGCCCAGCUGCAGAGAGGAUACGCCAACGCUGCUGGGUCAAAGAAGCGGCCAUUCUCCGACGAUAAAGUUGUUGAUUACAUGACCUACCCUGUCGGCCUCACGACCAGUCAGCCCCCCACCUCUGGCACGACGCAUGCUCCGUUGGAUAUCCACUUUCAUCGGCUCCGCGACUUGAAGAACUCGAUCAAACAAGCGUGGGGUAGUGUACAAUCCAGCCAAAACGCCCAGAGCUGUGCGCAUUUUACAAUCGCACUACAAUCAACGCUCAACACCCUGACCCACGUGGCAACUCACGUGGCCAAACACCCGUUGGAAGUCGUGACCCCCACGACCUUUGUGACUGUCCACCACGCCGUUGUACUUUGCUUGCUAUGCAUCGUAAUUAGUGAGGCAUUGGCCAAGGCAACCCCCAUGACGCUUACAGACCUGCAGCUCAUGCACACGUGCGGGGACAACUUGCUCUGGGCCAUUGAAGCCGUGCUGACGCCGACGUUGCACCAACAGGUUAUAUCGUACUGCAUGGAAUUGGCCGCCAAGUUGCCAACGUUGUUGGCGUCGGGACUGCUUUCCCAAGAACUGAAUGCAGCGGCCGCGUCGAUCGAAUCGUUCUUUAACUCGUCCAAGUACCUUGCCGAGCCAGCUACGUAUCCGACCUACCGGCCGUUGUUUGCCAUGUUGAACCAACCGUCCACGUCGAAUCUCCCGCAGCAUCCCAUUCAACCUCUUCCCCCGUCACUAACACAAGAACUGUGGAAACUGCACACUCUUUGUGGUCAUUUCGAAAAGAUGAUGAAGAAACAUAAGAUCGUUUGGCCGCCAUCAGCCGCUGUUGGCAGUCAUGCCGCCGAUGGAUCGUCCAAAAGCACGUCGACACAGCCAGGCGCGACAUGCGGGCCGCCAACUCAACAGGUGCCUCAAUCCGCUCGUCCCCCGACCCAGUUCUCGAGGGAGCCAUCUAUGUCCGACCAGGACACCAUCGUGAGCUUUGUGGCGGGACCGUUGGGCAUUAUUAUCCAACAGGAAGACAACAAUGUGAUCACUGUUUCGUCUUUUGCCGCCGGCGACCAAGGCCAAGCGCUACGAAGUGGCAAAGUCGCGAUCGGGGACAUGAUUGUAGCGGUAAAUGGCGAACCGAUCGCAAAAAUUGGUAUUGAAGGCUUCAAGCGCGCCGUCACGAAUGGCAUCCGACCGCUCUUGAUCACGUUUCGCCGGCGGCAACAUGUUGUCCAUCAACGGCCAUCGACAACUGUUAAGACCACAGAGCGUCCCGCGCCCAUCAAGACGACACCCACGUCGAAAGACAAACAACCCCCUCGAAAACGCACCAAGCAGUCGCCCGUGGCCACCAAAGUGACCCCAAGCAAUGCUGCCAUGCCACCACCGCCUGCGUCAGCACCUCCCACCUCGAAUCAGAAUCCGUCACAAGACGUGAGGGUCCCACUCGAAAACGCCAACAACUUCAGCAUGUCAGACGAUGCAAUGGCUAGCGAGAACGCCACCAUGGGAUAUUUUUCGCGCGAUUUACUCGAUGCAUCUUCGCAACUGCAGCAAAACCAAGACUCCGACCAGUACAACGUGUCGUCAAUGAUGAAUAUGGGUCAUCCCAGCAACCAGCCGACCACCCUCUUCCACCCCGCGAAUAUCGAGUUUCCCUCUCCUCCAUGCACAGAUCCGUCCAUGUGGACGUCGGCCCACGCUGCCGCAAACGCCGCCUUGUACGCCAGCAACCCGAUGUUCUACAACAUGUACAACAACAUGCAGUCGGCCACCAUGGACGGCAGUGGCGCCAACCCCAUGAUAAUGAUGCAGAGAGUGGGCUCUCAGCCGUUUGUUGCAAAUGCAGACCAGCACCAGAGCAAUACGAUGAACACCCUCAUGCAAAACUUUCAAAAUUCCAACAACUCCACCCAAGUGCCAUCGCCAUCACAACUAACUCCGGACAUUCAAUCGUACUUUGACCCGCAGUUGUACACCCCUCCAUCAGCGUAUCGGUCUGGGUUACCAACGGUUGAUUUUGUCAGUCAAGUUGAUUCCUCGACGCCAUCUUCAACCUCUGUGAAUGACCCUGCCUGUGAUGUUGGUUCUGGCCCCAUGAGUGCGACGGAACGACCAACUACUUGUACCGAGGAAAUUGCCAAUACAACUCCACGAGAACCAACGUCUGCUGUCGUCUCAACAACAGGAUCCGAGGUCCCCGUCGUCGCAUCUACUCGAGUUUCUGAGCUGCCGAGAUCGCACAAGAAAACGGCCAAAAAGGUCGUCACCGAAACGUUGAGCAGUGGGCGACGGUCUUCUCGCGUGAGUCGCAAGCCUGAGACCUUGGUGCCACACACGAUGGCGCCGGUCGUAGUUGCGCCGACUCAGCACAUUCCCGGUGCCGGUGUACAAGGAGAAUUUGCCACCGAGUGUUUGAAAGACACAACUGCAUCGUCAAAGCCUGCGUCGCUGGCAUUUUCCCUGGUACAGGCACAGAUGCUAGCCAUCGAAGCGGCCCUGCCACGAGAAGCAUUUCGACACAACAAGUGGACUGUGACGCUGCGAGCGGGGUGGGCAGACUGGAUCGUUCAAGCCACGAGCAGCCGCACCCUCAUGGAAGCGCUGUUGGUGUUGGAAGCCAACAUUGAAAACGAAUACCUGGAUGCAACGUGGAAAUCGCAGGCGUCGCUUGCAAUCAAAACGCUCGUGCCGACCGCCACAAUCGCGUCGAUCGCGAUGCGCUUGUACGCUCUCGACGACGCUUUAACAUAUACCAAGCCGAUGAAGCAACGGCAAAGCGCAGGAUACAAACGAAAACUCACGGGCCAAUUGCCCAGCACUGCAGUCGCGACGAGGCGGACGGCAAGCGAAGAUAACGAGAUCCCGCUGCCGCCAUGUCCUGGUCUCAACGACCCUGUGUUGAACCGACUGGCCGAGCAGAAGCUACGGCUAGCGUUGACAACAACUCCACACGAAAUUUGCCGACAGACGCUGGGAGAACUUUGUGGUUUGACUCGAUUGCCGUCACUUAUCCUGGAGCGUUGGUACAAGCAAUGUUUGGCCUUGACGCCUCCAUCGUCGACAGGAGCGUCGUCAAAAACUACUGCAGGUCAGCCGUCGGACAUUGCCCAGGCCGACUCGACCUCGUCUUCACACACAAUCGCUCUGCCUCUGGCAAAACGACCGAAAAGUCAUCGAGGCCGGCGGCCCAAAAACCUGGAAUAUCGCUACGAACCUCAACAAACGAGCAUUUCGCCCGCGUUGCUAAAAGACCCAACAUUGCGCAAUCGAUUCCUAGCUGUGCUGCAAGCGUUGCAGAAACAUGCCGUUGCGGUGCCGUUCUUGGUUCCCGUCGACGUCGAAGCGUUCCCAGAGUAUCCCCGCGUGGUGAGCCAGCCCAUGGACCUUCAAACGAUGGUGCAGCGGAUUCAAUCUGGUGUGUACGACAACCGGUUGCAGCACAUUCCCGUCGACAUGAGUCGCAUCUGGACCAACUGUUUUGCGUUCAAUUCAAUCCAAGCCGAAAUAUCGACGAUGGCUCGGCGACUGCGGUCAAUAUUUCACCGGCUCAUGGAAGAGUGGGUCCACCUCGCCCCUGCAGGAACGCUGCCGGACCAAUUGCUCAGUGAGGACGCAUGCCGCGUUUGUCGGGCCGACGCCAACAGCGACGCCAUCAUGAUGUGCGACUCGUGCGAUGGACCAUACCAUUCGUUUUGUGCCGGGCUCGACGACAUUCCACCUGGUUCAUGGUAUUGCAAUCGUUGUGUGGAAAACCGAGAGUUGAAAUAGACAAGUAGCCCCUACCCCAGAAUAUCGAGACCAUUGUGUGUUGCAUGCAGUCCCGGCGGUGGUAGCACGUUCGUCGCGGGAGCUGCCCGGUCGAACUGGCGACUCCCGAUUCAACAAAUGAAUGCAAUGCAAGUCAAUGUCGGCAGCAAGCCCUCCACGUAGGAGGAGGCCAGCGCGACAUUGUGUGGCAAAACCAACCAGAUAAAGUCGAAAAGGGGAACGAUGGCGACGAAAUGCUGGCGUUUCCACACUGGAACGUGGUGUAGUUCGAACUCCAACUCUGGCAGCAGGACGACCAUGCGGAGGUACAUUUUGUGACAGUCGAAACCACCUGUGUUCGCCACGUCACGUACGGGCACAAGUGAAAACAUGCCGCCGCCGUCGUCCUCUACACGGGCUCUACAGGCAGCACACUGCAAAUCGUAUCCAUCGCUCCAUUCGAG